AUGAUGACGAGGGUGAAUUCUUUACCCUCUGUCCACCGUAGAAACGAAGAAGUCGCGGUCCCGGAGUUCUUGAUUCGCCAGAAAACGGAUGCGAUCGCCGUCGUUGAUGAAACUUGUUCCAUUGACCAAAUGGAGGGUCUAGACUUCGUAGAAAGCCCAUGGAAAGUUAGGUCUUGGUCAGGAGCUCAUGCGUUUCGCAGGCUGCCCGAGUAGAAUCGGUCAGAGAGGACUCGUGAUGGCCGGGUGGUUGCGGAAAUUCAAAGUUCCGGUGCUCCUCAUUUCAGAUUCCGGUGCUGAACUUUUGUUAGUUUCGCCGGAGGCUUCGGUAGAUCUGGCAAGCUCUGGGAGUUUAGAACUCUGGGUCCAACUGAGCUUGGCAAAACUGCGGGCAAGAACUCGAUAAAUGUUAUCGGCUUCUGGUGGUGAUCUGAACUGCCAGUGACUUCCCGUGAAGGUUUUGCAGACUAGCUCGACGCUACUCUUUGUGGUGCCGAUGAUCGUUGCUAGCCGUGGGGAAUCUUCCGGCGAAGUUGGCGACACAUCACGACCAGCUUGA